AUGUCCGACGAAGGUCACUUUUUGGAGGUUGUGGACAACCGGACCGGCAAAAAACACCUCAUCCCCAUAACAGAAGACACGAUCGACGCUAGCAUCUUUGCACAACUAGGACUGUCCAUAUAUGAUAACGGAUACCUCAACACCGCCGUGUGUCGGUCCGCUAUUAGUUAUAUUGAUGGGGAUAAGGGCAUCCUCAGAUACAGGGGCUACGACAUUGAAGAUCUAGCAGAGAACUCCACAUUCCUCGAGGUGUCAUACUUGCUGAUCUUCGGAGAUCUGCCCACGAGAGAUCAGCUGCAGACAUGGGAGACUAGGAUUAUGCGGCAUACGUUCAUUCAUGAGAACAUGAUUGAUUAUUUGAAAAGCUUCCGCUACGACGCGCAUCCCAUGGGAAUGGUGACGUCCGCCUUGUCAGCAAUGUCAACAUUCCACCCCGAAGCAAGCACCGCAUUACAGGGAGAGCACAUCUACGAAAAUGAAACCAUGGUCAACAAGCAGAUCUUCCGUCUCAUUGGCAAAGUCCCAACUUUGGCCGCAUGCGCAUAUCGGCAUCGCAUCGGGCGCGCCUACAACUCCCCCAGCAACGAAUUUGGAUACACAGAGAACUUCCUGUAUAUGUUGGACAGACUCUCGGAAAACAACUACGUGCCAAACCCGAGGUUGGCACGAGCGCUGGAUGUCAUCUUCAUUUUGCAUGCCGACCAUGAACUGAACUGCAGCACCGCUGCUAUGAGGCAAAUGACGUCUACCGGCGUCGAUCCAUUCGUUUGCUUGGCCGGUGCCGCUUCUGCCCUGUACGGACCAUCGCAUGGAGGAGCUAAUGAAGCAGCUCUCAAGAUGUUGGAGGAGAUCGGUAGUGUUGAAAACAUUCCGGGAUUUAUAGAGGAUGUAAAAGCAAAGAAGCGUCGUCUGAUGGGCUUUGGUCAUCGGGUAUACAAGUCAUACGACCCGCGCGCAAAGAUUCUGAAAAAGAUCUCGGACGAAGUUUUUGAGAUCAUGGGCCGGAAUCCAUUGAUCGACAUCGCCGUUGAACUGGAGAGGAUUGCUUUGAGUGACGAGUAUUUCAUCAAGCGGAACCUGUAUCCCAAUGUCGAUUUCUACAGCGGAAUCAUUUACAAGGCCAUGGGAUUCCCGACCGACUUCUUCCCGGUUCUGUUCUGUAUUGGAAGGACCUCUGGAUGGCUUGCCCACUGGCACGAACAACUGCAGCAACCCAUUCCCAUUUUCAGGCCAAAGCAGAGUUACGAGGGCGCGGAACCGAGAGCGUAUGUCAACCUUGCAGACCGUAGCGCAGCGCAAAGCCCCAAGAUAGUCGACCAGGGCGUAAAUGCAAGGAAGAACCUUCCUCCCGACACAGAAUAG